AUGGUGGGGCGAUCCCGGCGGCGCGGAGCGGCCAAGUGGGCCGCGGUGAGAGCCGCGGCAGGUCGCGGCGCGGCGGACGAAACGGAAGACGAUUCUGAGCUGCCACCCUCACCGGGGGACUCCAGCUACUACCAAGACAAGGUAGAUGAGUUUCAUGAGGCCCGGUCUCGAGCCGCCUUGGCUAAGGGUUGGAACGAAGUAGAGAGUGGGGACGAGGAGGAUGGCGAUGAGGAGGAGGAGGUCCUAGCCCUCGAUGUUGCCGAUGAGGACGAUGAAGAUGAAGAGAGUGCGGAGGAGGAUGAGGAGGAGGACGAUGAUGAUGGUGGGAGCUCAGUGCAGAGUGAAGCUGAGGCCUCUGCGGAUCCCAGUUUGUCGUGGGGUCAGAGGAAAAAACUUUACUAUGAUACGGACUAUGGUUCCAAGUCCCGAGGCCGGCGGAGUCAGCAAGAAGUAGAGGAGGAGGAAAGAGAGGAGGAGGAGGAGGCACAGCUCAUCCAGAGGCGCCUAGCCCAAGCUUUGCAAGAGGAUGAUUUUGGGGUUACCUGGGUGGAGGCCUUUGCAAAACCUCAGGCCCCUCAGGUAGAUGAGUCCGAGACACGGGUCGUGAAGGACUUGGCAAAGGUUUCCGUGAAAGAGAAGCUGAAGAUGCUGAAGAAGGAAUCCCCAGAGCUCCUGGAGCUGAUAGAAGACCUGAAAGUUAAGUUGACGGAGGUGAAAGAUGAGCUGGAGCCAUUGUUGCAAUUGGUGGAGCAAGGGGUCAUUCCACCUGGAAAAGGAAGCCAAUACCUGAGGACCAAGUACAACCUCUAUUUGAAUUACUGCUCCAACAUCAGUUUUUAUUUGAUCCUGAAAGCUAGGAGAGUCCCUGCACACGGACAUCCUGUUAUAGAAAGGCUUGUUACCUACCGAACUUUAAUCAACAAGCUGUCAGCUGUGGAUCAGAAGCUGUCCUCAGAGAUUCGUUAUCUACUCACACUUAAGGAUGGUGCUGGAAAGAAAGAACUAACUACAAAAGCAAAAGCCACCAAGGCCAAACCAAAAUCUGUUUCACAGGCUGCUGCUGCUGCCUCUGCUGUUGCAGAUCUUUCUGAUGAUUCCAAUUUUGAUGAAGCUGCACUGAAAUACUAUAAAGACAUGGAAGACAGGCAAACGUUGAAGAGAAAGAAAGAAGAAAAUAGUACUGAAGAACAGGAUCUUGAGGAUAAAAAUGCAAAGAGAGCCAUUACCUAUCAGAUUGCUAAAAAUAGGGGACUUACACCAAGGAGAAAGAAGAUUGAUCGAAAUCCCAGAGUGAAACACAGAGAGAAGUUCAGGAGAGCCAAAAUUCGCAGGAGAGGCCAGGUCCGCGAAGUUCGCAGGGAAGAGCAACGUUACAGUGGUGAACUAUCUGGAAUUCGUGCGGGAGUUAAAAAGAGCAUUAAGCUUAAGUAA